CUUUCUACCGCCUUUCUUCCGAACGUAUUCAACAUGAACAUGAACAUGGAAGGUUACUACACGUUGAACAACCCCGGCUACUCUUAUGCCGAUGAACGCGAGAAGAAGAAACAGAUCCAGGCGCAAUACAGGGAUGAGGAGCGGCGAUUGAUUGAGAGGCUGCAGGCUCUGACGGGUUCACCCGAUAAGCGCGCAACGGUCCUCUCGCGCGCCGCAGAUACGAUGGAGAACCUAUCUCACAAGGUUGAUCUCCUAGUGCAGGAGAACCAGGUGCUUACAUCCAGGAUGAACGAGCUGCGCGAGCAAAACAGGCAGCUUCAGGCUUGGCUGCAGACGCAGAACGGUUUCAACAAGGGAUACUGGCCACAGUGACCGACAGUCAGAACUUGUAAGAUUGGUGGAAGAAUAUCUCUCGUCGACACAUGUAGAGUUUCAGUUUCUUGCGCACAUCGUACAACUUACAGUAUAU